AUGCUUGGCAGCAUCUCAGAAGAUGAUCCAAUGAAGUUCAUCAGAAUUGAGUCAGAAGAGUUAUUCUCUUCUAGACGUCUAUCCAGGGAGUUAUCAAUUUGUACUGAUGAGUCUUUUGAAGUGUAUAAUAGGGAUUCUUCUGUUGGAGUUCCCUUCCUGUGGGAAUCACAGCCCGGUACGCCUAAAGUCAAGUUCAGGGAAAACCCUCUUCCUCCUUUAACACCCCCUCCUUCAUUCCAUUCUACUCCUAUGAGAAAUCCCGUGAAAAUUCAUUCGAAAUCCAGUCUGAUACAUUAUUUUCUGCCUAAGAUAAGUGUUAAGAAAAGCCAGGACCAACAGUCACCUUCCUCGUCGUCACCUUCAUCAUCAUGGUCUUCAUUUAAUUCGGUGCCUUCGUCUCCAUUUAAUACUCCAAGCUCACGCGAACAGCAGCGCAGAAUUUCAAGUCCAAGGAUGUCUUUGCAUUCCAGGAUAGAUGAAGAUGAUUAUGGAUCGCCUACUGGUACUUUGUGCUUCAGUGCCGGCCGUAGAUCCAAUGCUAGGUCACGAGGUUGCCCAUCGAAGAUAAUGAAGCUAUUGCUUUGA